AUGAGAAACCACACAAUAACAACAUUCAUCCUGCUGGGACUGACUGAUGACCCACGAAUGAAAGUUCUAGCUUUCAUCUUUCUUUUUUUCACCUACAUGUUGAGUGUAGCUGGGAACCUGACCAUUAUCUCCCUCACCCUCAUGGAUGGCCAUCUCAGGACAGCCAUGUACUUAUUUCUCCAAAAUUUCUCUUUCUUGGAAAUCUCAUUCACAACUGCCUGUAUUCCCAGGUUUCUGUACAACAUAGCAACUGGUGACAAGGUCAUUACCUACACUGCUUGUGCUGUUCAAGUAUUUUUUACUUACCUUUUUGGGAUAAUGGAAUUUUGUCUUCUAGCUACUAUGUCCUUUGACCGCUAUGUGGCCAUUUGCAAACCCCUGCAUUAUGUGACCAUCAUGAAUAACAGAGUCUGCCACAGGCUUAUCAUCAGCUGCUGGAUAGCUGGUUUGUUAAUCAUCAUUCCUCCACUUAGCCUGGGCCUCAAUCUGGAAUUCUGUAACUCUAAUGUCAUUGAUCAUUUCUUCUGUGAUGCCACUCCCCUCCUAAAGAUAUCAUGCUCAGACACAUGGUUCAUAGAGAGAAUGAUUCUGGUGUGUGCUGUCUUGACGUUCAUCAUGACUCUUGUGUGUGUUGUUCUGUCCUACAUGUAUAUCAUCAUGACAAUUCUAAGAUUCUCUUCUUCUCAGCAAAGGAAAAAAGUUUCAACCUGUUCUUCCCACAUAGUUGUAGUUUCCAUCACUUAUGGCAGCUGCAUCUUCAUCUAUAUCAAACCUUCAUCCAAAAAAGAGAUGGCUCUUAAUAAAGGAGUUUCUCUGCUCAUUUUUUUCUAUUUCACCCAUACCUGGAAAAUUAUCAAUAGUUUAAUAAUUAUUAUUUUCAUUGUUUAG